AUGGACAUUUCUGAAACGGGACAACAGGUAACCUCUUCGUCUGCCGUGAUGACUCGGCACUCCUCUGGAUCGGAGCAAUCCGACCCCAAAACGAAGGAACCACCGAUUCCUGCGAACAAUAUUACAUCCAGUACUAGCCACCUUCAGGAUGACUCCGGAUGUAGUAUCUUUGGUGCAAUCUCAUACUAUCGUCGCAGAGAUACCGAAAAUGUCGUGCUUGAUGAGGAUGAGCUUUCCAAUAUCGAGAUGGAAGCCGUGUGGGAUCGUUUCAGUAAGAAACUGGAUGCAGAGCGAAAACAAGCACAACAACUGCAUAAAAAAAUUCAGUCAUCCCAAUCUAGUCCACAGUUUUUCCGCAGCCAGCCCAAAUAUCGACACACAUUCCGUUCGAGGUCAAACAAUAUUAUUGCACCAUUGUCAGGCCCGUCAGAAAAGACUCUCCGCCGCACGUUGACGGAGGGCUGGGACAGGAGUAUAAGUAAGACGGAAAUACCAAACACGACGCCGCAAAACCUGCGCAGGGAGUCUCAGACUGUGUGGGAAGACCCUGGCUAUUGCCUUGCACCCUCCCAGAUCUCUGCUAAUGACCUACAAGCUCUGUCCUCUCAAUCGACCAGCUCCGGAGAUAGUGCAUGUGAGGCUGCUGGUGAUUUGACUGCUAACCCCCCAUGUGCGGGCAAGAGCACUCCAGAAUCCUUUGAGACGACGGAGAAUGACACGUGUGACAGCUCGUCAGCACACUCCGACGACUCCAACUCUGCGCUGCCAGCUAAUAGCCACGCUAGUAGCAAGAAUGACACUGGCAUCUCGUCGUGUAGUUCUGGGGAAACGCGAACGUCCGCAUCUUAUGCGAGGCCAGCCGGCGCCGGUGCAGCACCAAUGCGUCGCAUACAACCUCCGUGUGAUCUCGCUGGACUGCCAAUGGACUCAGCGCGUAAUAUCAUGCUCUACCGUGCCUGGCAGCAAAUGAAACAAACAAUAGAUGAGGAGAAAAAGCAGCAGCAGCAGCCUCAACAGCAACGACACCAGCAGUGGGUUAAGUCUACAGAGAGGAGAAGCAUACCCGUCCACUCUCCCGGCAGUCCGCAUCCCGUGCAUUCCAACAGCACUAGUAGCAGUUCUGCUUUUGCAGGUCCAAAGGAAGACCGUGCACAGGAUAAUGGCAAUGUUGACAACAAAGGGCAGGUGGCUGAUGCUCGCUCGCGUUUCAGUAUGCAUAAUGCAGGCAUGACCAGAUCUCCUCUCACUGCUGUAAAGCGUUUCCUCAGUGCACCCCUGGACAACUCAAUUACUUCACCGUCACCCCUGGAUAGUGACAGUGCAGACCCAGCCAAGGCGGCUCGCAGCAAUGAGUCCAUGCAUAGCAAUUGGGACACUAGCGGGUCGUCACAGCCCUCCUCGGCCGAAUACAGCUCGGGAAAGCUGGGCUCGUCCCAUUCGAAAAAGCUGAGCAGAUCCUUGCCCUCUCUUAAUGUCAUCGGUAUUGGAGAUCGGUCUAAAGGUUUCAGAAAGGUGCACGCUAUACUGCCAGUGGGAAAGCACAAUUCCAAUGAUGUCACUACAGAAAGAAAUCCCAGUGAAGCGGUGCGUGAGCCAAGUGCAAAAGUGAGCGUCGCUAGAAAGUUCUUCCUGCCCCACUCUGCUUCGUCAAUACAGCGCCCGGAUGGUCAUUCGCUGAGAUCAAACAGUGUUGCUUCCGUUGUAGUGCCCAAGCCUCGAUCCGGCUUCUCUGCCAUCUUCCGUACUCGUGCAUCUCCUUCCGGUAGUGCUUUGGUCGAUGUUGCAGAAGCUAGCAAUACUGCUACGCCGUGUGAAAGGAGUAGCCAAGCUCCCAGUCAGCCAGCUAGUCACCACCAUUCUGGAGUGACGCAGGUCUUCAAAAAUACAUUCAGGACAAUCGGAAAGUCUCGGCGCAAAGCAUCACAAAUGAAUAGCACUCAUGACCACCGACUGGCCAUGUCUUCAGCAGGAUGUGGGCCGCCUCUGUUGGUUAAUAAACCACUCGCCAAGAACCUAGUUGCAUCGCCGCUUGCCGACCCAAUACCUCACCGUCCACAUUCCGAACAUGUGUGGCAUGACAUUGUGACGAGUCAGCGAUCACUUCCCGUCAUGUCGGCUGCAAGUCCAGCGAAAGCCAAGCUCGUCAAUCGCUCUUCGAGCAUUGACAAGGACAUGAAUUUGUUUAGGGUGGAAGCAGAUGACACUGCCAUGACUUACUCUAACUCACCCAUGCUGGAUUAUUACGGCACGCCAGUCCUGUUCAGCCUCAUGUCACCCAUACACGAUGCGUUACAGUCUUCGUGUGAGUGUUGA